GCAUCACUGACUAAACAGCUGAGGAAACGGUUUUACUUUCACGGAUUUGGAAGGGAUUUGACGCCAUGCAAAAGAAGCCGAUCAACGCGAAUUCCCUGCUGGACAAGCUGCACCGCGGUGCCGUAUACGCCUGCAUCGGGGUCACCCUCUACGGUACCUACAUCCUCGGGAUGCGUUAUUACCACUACUACACGGUCAUCCGGCCGGAGAAGCAGCAGGCUGAUCUGAAGCUUUUGGACGAGGGUGCUCAUGACAAGGCCAAGGAGCUUAAGUACUAGGAUCCGCUAUUCUCUGCCCCCUUUAAUUGUUAAAUGUCUGUUAAGCGCAAUAAAUUGUAAGGAAAUGUAAA